GUUCGCCAGAUGACGCAUCAUUGACAUACGUGCUUUUCGCGCCUUCAGAAUCCGGUUACUCCAACAAUUUCACUCUGUUUUAUUCCGUUCCGAUCAAAGCUGAUUCUUCUUGUGGCUCCUUCAUAUAAUAAAUCCAAGAUUGCUAUUUAGUUGUACCGUAACGUGUCACGGGACAAGAAAGACUUACAAUCAUUGGGUUGCGAUGUCACUGGAGGCGAUAAAAUGGGACGGCAAGGAGGGCAAGUUGGAAAUUCUGGAUCAAAAGCAAUUGCCAUGGGCCACUCACUAUAUUCAAGUAAAAAAUGUUGAGGAUGGUUGGAAUGUCAUUAACAAAAUGCAGGUACGAGGUGCACCAGCCAUAGCUAUUGUAGGCUGUCUCAGUUUGGCAGCGGAGAUUUUUCAUCAUCCGGGAUACAAAGACAAGGAAACUUUUUGUCAGGAUAUUGAAAGUAAAUUGAAUUAUCUUGUAACAGCACGUCCCACUGCUGUCAAUAUGCAAAUAGCAGCUGAGAAGUUUAUAAAGUUAGCAAAAUAUGUUCGCGAUUACAAUAUAUAUGACCUAUCUUAUAUGAAACACAGAAUGAUAAAUGAUAUAGAGGAGAUGUUGAACAACGAUGUGGAAGCCAAUAAAGCAAUUGGAGAUUUUGGUGCGACGGAGAUUAUACAUUUUACUGGUAUACCUGAAGAUGGUUCUGUCAGGAUCCUCACACACUGUAAUACCGGAAGUCUCGCUACCGCGGGAUACGGCACAGCUUUAGGCGUUAUCAGAUCUCUUCACGCAUCGGGACAGCUCGAGCACGUUUAUUGCACCGAGACUAGACCGUACAACCAAGGUGCUCGUUUGACUGCUUAUGAAUUAGUGCAUGAGAAGAUACCGGCGACUUUGAUUUGCGACGACAUGGUCGCCGCGGUAUUGAAAACGAAACAGAUCACAGCGGUUGUCGUGGGUGCAGAUAGGAUCGCCGCCAACGGCGACACCGGCAACAAAAUUGGAACUUAUCAGAUUGCGAUACUCGCCAAAUAUCACAAUGUUCCUUUCUAUGUGGCUGCACCAAGGACAUCCAUAGACAUGGAUAUUCCUAACGGUCAUGGCAUAAUCAUCGAGGAGCGACCCGAAAAAGAAAUAACUCACAUGAACGAGAAGAGAAUCGCAGCAGAAGGAAUAAAAUGUUGGAAUCCAGCGUUUGAUGUGACACCAGCGAGUUUAAUUACCGCGAUAAUUACGGAAAUUGGUGUUUUUAAGCCACAUGAGCUACCUAAAUAGUGAAAAAGGAUACGAGUGGAUGCACAAAUAAAAAAUUUAUUAUUUAAUAGAAAAUAUAUGCAGUUACGGAUGCAUUCAUGCGUAUAUACCAAUUAUAAAUAUCAAGAUGCAAGACUGUUUAAUUUAAUUCCGUAAGUACUGUGCCAUCGUAGAAAAAAAGAUGUAUGAUAUAAGAACUCAGGGAGAUUAAUUAUUGAUUGUAUUUAAAUGGUUAGAUUAAAACCAUAAUUCGAGGGUGGUUAUAAAAUUGAAAAGCUGUUGUAAUAUUUUAUAGACGCGAUUUCAGUAUUUACUGAAAUUGCAUAAUUUUAUACAAUGCUUUGGUUGAAUUUCUAAGGAUAAUUAUUAUAUUAUUGUAAUACUAUAUGAUAUAUUGUUAUGCCAUGUGCGCUAAGAGAUUUAUAUUGAAUAAUAAAAAAAACAAAAAACA